AUGUAUAAAACAGAAGCUAUUGCUUAUCAAGGUGCAUUCUUAACAUCUGCCAGACAAGCAUUACUCCCAUAUUUGCAAAGAGGUGUCUAAGCAUUGCCUGAUUUAGACCAAGAGGCUGAACUAAUGAAAAAAGUUUAUGAGCUGAUUUACUAGAGCAAAUGUACAGUAAAAAUUCUUUCAUUAAGAUAAGUGAUUAUCUUAGCCUUGAUAAACUCAAUGAAUGAAGUAGCAAGACAUAAAGAAUUAGUGGCUGAAAAAAUCAAAUUAACUGCCUCUAAGGAAAUUAUUGAUCCUGAUAAAUUUCCCAUUCAAAGAUUAACAGGAGAUUACUAUAAAGAAUAUGAGAGUAUUUGGGAUAGAGAAAAAGAUACAUUAAUGAAAGCCCUGAAGUAUAAAGUUGGUCAUUUACUUAAAGUCAAAGAUUCCACAAUAGAUCAUCAUGAUGCUGGUAGGGGUGUAUUUUUAGAAUGCCCAAAAAGAUCUCCAGUUAUUCUACCUGGUACACUUCUAGGUCUAUUCCCUGGAGUAGUAUGCGAUCCAAAUGUAGUAAUGCCUGAGACACCAAAAAGAGGUAUCAGACCAUACUUGAAGAGAUUUGAUGGGUAUUGGUUAGACUAUGAAAAAGAAUUACCUUAUCCAAUGCCGUCUCCUGGAUCCAGCUUUCAAGAAUUCUUUGAAGACUAUGAUAGAACGAAUGAAAGAGUUGGAAUAGCUGAAAGACCAUUUAUUUAAGUACCACCUGAAUAUUUGAAUCCUUAUGCACUAGGUCAUUUAAUCAAUCACCCACCACCCGAUGUUCCUGCCAAUGUCUAGCUUAUUGAUUUCGAUUUACCAUAUACAUUCUUUCCUUCAUCUUUUGCGAGAUACAUUCCAUAUAUAAAAUUCAGAGAAGAAAUGUUUAAAAAUAAGCAGAAUAACACAAGAAACGGAGAAGUAUUUAGAGCUGUAGCAGUAGUAGCUCAACAGUCUAUUUCAAAUGGAGAAGAAUUAUUUGUGGAUUAUCUUGAGGAUUAAAGAGUUCAAAUCGAAAAUAUCCCUGAAUGGCUGCUUGAGCCUCCUCCUAGUCCAAAUAGCGUAUAUCUAAAUAAGAAAGAGAUUACAGCAUAGGUCCCUUUCACAGUAAAACUACUCUAUAGUUAUCAUGUUGCCAGGCAGGGCAGAAAGAUAGAGGAGUUUGAAGGUAGGACUAAGCAUGAUUAUCUUACAGACUCUUAAGUAGCUUAAUCCAAAAAACUUAUCUAAGAAAGACUCAAAGCAAUGGAUAAUUUAUUGCCUUAAAAAUCUGAUGAUACCAAAUAAAUCAAUGACGGUUCAGAAACUGAUGGCUCUUCUAAAUAGAAAUUUAUUACUGAAUCUUUGAAUUAGAGUGAAAUAGAUGCUAGUAAAGUGCUCCCUUUGUGCACUAUCAAUGUGGAUGCUCCCGUAUGUUUAUUGAGGAAGAAAUGUACUUUUGUCUCAAAUGUAUUCUCAGCUUCAGAAGCAGCAACCUUUAAGAACAAGUGCUCUAGAUACUUCUAAUGUCCCAAUUGCUUUACAAUUAUGAGUGUCAUGGUCACUCCUGGUGCCAAAAUAUAUAAUCAAGAAGAACAAAUCAAAUUGGAGAAAUUUCAGACUAGAGCAAAGAGGAAGACAGUCUCAUUUUAUGUACCAGGCAAAAUUAAAAAGAUCUCUAAGUAUUUUAUGGCUGAUUUGGAAAAGGAUCUAGAGGAAAAGCAGAAAAGAAACAUUGAGGAUAGGAAGCUUAAACCAUUUGAAGAAAUUUAUCUCUCUAAAUAAUAUGGAUUUGAUGAGGAAUAUGGAAUGUCAAUGAAAUCUCCUAGGGAUUAAAAUACUCUAAGUAGAAGCAAUACACCAAGAGGCUAAUUAUUAUAGUAACUAUCAGCCUAAAAAGCAGAAAAGGCUAAAGCUGAGGCCGCUGCAAGUAAAACUAAUGCCAAUGGAGAAGAGGAAGCUAAGGACUUACCACCUGAAGAAUUCAUUGACUUCUUAUCUUAUUUAGACAAAGAGGUAUAAACCUCUCAACCUUAGGAUGAGAGAAUAGAAAAUGAGGAGGAGAAAUCUGAAUUAAUCCAAUAAGUGCCUUAACUACCAGGAGGAUUUUUGAGCUUCGAAGAUGCAAUGCAACAGGAGUUUGAUAUCAAUUAAGUGUCUACACUCCAAUAGAGACUUAAAAAUCCAAAUACUCAGCCAUAUAAAGUUAAGUAAGAUAUAUCUUUAUUCAUUUAAUAUGGUAAUAGAGAUCUUUAUCCAGGUGCAUUAUAUCUUUUAACAAAGAGAACUAAGAGAUGCAAGACUUGCACAAAAUUUGUAGUAAAGCCUAAUAUAAACCCAACCUCCACUGAGCAACUUAAAGUGGAUUUCCAAUUAAUCUAUCAUGUUCCUAAAGUCACUAUCUACAGAAUAGGAAAGUAUCAAGAUGGGUAGCAGAUGGAAGUACUAUUGAAGUUUACCAAUCCCAAUAUGUCAAUGGCUAAAAUUAAGCUUGUUUAAAUAGAUGAAAGUGAAAAUGAAGAUGAACUCAAUAAGAAAUUAACAUCUUAGAUUGAGCUACCUUAAGAUCAGAUCCAAAUAGAUGCUGUUGAUUCAAUUAAUGACUAGACUACAGCUGAGUAAUAAAAGCCAAACAUUGCUCCUGAAGAUGAGAAGUAUAUCUAUAAGAAACUAGAUAACUUUGUUGUGCUAAAAGUUCCUAUUAUUUUCAAAGAAGGAUUUGUAUUUGAGACCUAAGAGAUUUAUUUUGGAAUUAAAAUGAGCACAGAAUCGUUAAGAUAUGGAUAGCAUCCAUUUAACCUAACAAUCCCAGUUUAUAUAAAUCUAGGAGUAGCUAAAAAGUAAAAUCCAGUGCCUCCAGCUCAAUCAAGUCAAAGAAGUGCCAGACCAUAGAAUUGA